UCUUACAUCAGUGUCUGAAAUUCAGGAUAAAAGCACACUGAAAGUAAUUUACUCUCCUAUAUUGUCAAAUAUUGAGCCCUCCAUCACUUUGUACACAGUUGACUCAUUUGAUAAGACCUCAAUUACUGGAAGCUCAGAGCCUCUAAUCCCUGAAUCAUCAAUAGCCUCAUGCUGCAGUGAUGAUAUGGUGUAUACGUCAACCCCGCAUCCAUCCCCUGAAGCUCAGGCCUCACAAUUGUUAUCCUGGCCCACAGUUUUUGUGGUUCCUAAGCUCACCUACGAGGCUGAAUUUGAGCUUCAUCUAAAGAAUGCAGAGUUUGAGACAACUGGUACAUACUUCCAGCCUGGCCUAAAGCUGAAAGGAGUCAUUCUUGAUGGCCUAGCCCAAGAAAUGAUCAAAUUCACAAAAUAUCCGAAAGACUAUCAGUGUGAAGAGGUAGCUGCAGCGUUGACGAGGGCCCACCCUUGUUUGGGGCAGCUAGGAUCCAAGACAGGAUUUGGGGGGUGGAAACAGUCUCUUAAGUACAAAAUGCAAAACUAUCGUACAAAGCUUGGCCGUCUUGGACAUCCUGAAAUCCUUGUGAACUCCUUAAAGCACAAGAAAACAGGCCAAGGCAAAGCUGCAGCAAACAUAAAAAAACCAAGAAAAGCUGAAGUAAACUACAUUCCUCUGCACCCAAAAGGCGAAACCACAGAAAGCUUGGAGAACGAGAGAAUUGCCUUAUUGUCAGAACUGAAAAAGCGUGACAAUGAAGUGGUGAUAAAAGCAAAAAUGGAAAAAACCUUCUCCCACAGACGCCUUGAGAUUGUGGAGCAAAGGCCUUUGAUAGGGGACUUCAAAUGCAGAUGGCCUGCUCUGUUUCAGCAGAGUGAAGUGAAUGCGGAGUUUUUGAGGAUCACAACAUCACCACUUCAAUCAAAGUUCAUGUGGCAGCUGGACCACUUCUCAGACAAGCUCUUGAAGAUCUUCAAGACCAAAGGAGGAGUGAAGGGGCACAAAAUCAAGGAAGCCCUUGCAAUAUCAGAUUCGUUUGAAAACAUCCACAUCAAGAGGGGGUGCAUCCUGCGAAGCAUCGCGAUCUACCUCAACGAGGAUCCAGACUCUUUUUUUAAGGAGUAUCAGGCCUCUGCCUCUGAAGAUGCCAAGAGGGACAUGGCAAACACAGUCAUGGGCAUAUACACACUUCAAAGAGAUGUGGAUGGGCAGCCAGAGGACGUGGGAAUUGUCAUCGAAGGCAAUAUAGUCAUGGACAACUUGGGCAGCGUGAUUGUGGGGUUUGUCAUGCUAUUGGGACUUAUUUAUGCCCUGGAUUUGAGCUUUCCGGACAACCUCAAACACACCUUCGAGUUCAUGCAGAAGGUAGUGAUGAAUCUGGAUGGGCACAAGCUGAAUGGUAAAAUCGAAAGUCUGAAGAUCAAGUUGUUCGAUUGAAAUGUGAAAAAGAAGUGACUCAUGAGUUCAUUGUUGUCAUUUUAUUCACGAGUUUCCUAGUCAGAGCAGAUUGAGCCGUUAUAUCAAUCAUUUGUUCUGUGCUUUUCUGUAUUUGUUUCAACACACUGUAACACUAUUUCCAUAUGUUGGUGUUUGCAGUGCACUCUUUAUGUUAUGUGUUAUUGUCCUGUUAGAAGAGCAGUGCAUACCCCUGUUAUAUUGUAUUCAUUGUAUUUGGCAAAGGGAGAUUUGUAAGUUAAUUAUAGGAGUUCCAUUUCUCUGCCAUUUUAAAAAUGGUAUUAUCUUUCAGAAAUGUUUUUCAUCUUUCAGUGUGAAUUCAUUCAUUUUAAAAAGACUGUAUUGAAUGGAGGAUUGUUUUGAAUAAUGUGAAUUUAAAAAUAAAAAAAACUAAACCAUGUUUUCUAUCAUGUGUAACACAUUUUUAUUAAAUUAUAUUUAACCUCAUUAUUUCAUUUUCAAUUAAUUAAAUAGGAUUUAGGUGGACUAGCAUUAUUUAAAUUCAUAAAGGUAAUGUUAUCAUUUUACUUAAACUCUAUUUGAAAAAUUUGAGUUGGACUAACUCAUUUACAUUAUACUGCAUGGAUGCCAUUAGUUUGAGUUUGUGCCACAUAUAUUUAUUGGAUGGAAAACCUGCCAACAAUAAAAUUGAGUUAAUCCAAUGAGUUAUUUC